CUUGCUUCUUGCUUCCGUCAUUAAACGCGGUUAUGAUGCCUCUUUGUAACCUAAAGUGUAAAGUAAAUUUUUAUCUAUUCUAUACUAAAAUAUAAUCGAAUCAGUUAAUUCGUCUUCAGUAGAAUUAAAAUACAUAAGUACCAUACAAUGAGAAGAUUGUAUAUUAAUUUAGCGGCUUACUAAAACAGAGAAUACUAUUGUCACAAUGUCUUUACCUCCCUAUUUGCUGGGGCCCAACCCCUGGGCCACAAUGAUGGUUCAGCAGCAAGCCCACGCUCACCUAGCUGCAGCGCAGGCCCAGGCGCAUGCACAGGCUGCGGCUCAGGCUCAGGUGGCUCAUCACGCUCACAUACAUGUCAUGUCUGGCACUCCUUUGGCGCAGCUGCCUAAGCCGUCAGAAGUGAUUUCUGAAGACAAACUGCAAGAAAAAGCUCAAAAAUGGCAGCAAUUGCAAUCAAAACGAUUCGCAGAAAAGCGAAAAUUCGGUUUCGUCGAUGCACAAAAGGAGGAUAUGCCACCUGAGCAUAUUCGCAAGAUAAUUCGAGAUCAUGGAGAUAUGAGCAGUCGAAAAUAUCGACAUGACAAACGUGUUUAUUUAGGAGCUCUGAAGUAUAUGCCACACGCUGUGAUGAAACUAUUAGAAAAUAUGCCUAUGCCUUGGGAGCAAAUCAGGGACGUUAAAGUAUUAUACCAUAUUACGGGAGCCAUUACAUUUGUCAAUGAAAUUCCAUGGAUCAUCGAACCAGUGUAUAUAGCUCAAUGGGGAACAAUGUGGGUGAUGAUGAGACGGGAGAAAAGAGAUCGUAGACACUUUAAAAGAAUGAGGUUUCCGCCUUUCGAUGAUGAGGAACCUCCCUUAGACUACGCUGACAAUGUUUUGGAUGUCGAACCACUAGAAGCUAUUCAAAUCGAACUUGACUCUGAGGAAGAUCAGUCUGUCGCAAAGUGGUUCUAUGACCACAAACCACUCGUUGGAACAAAGUACAUCAACGGAUCGACCUACAGAAAAUGGAAUCUGACGUUACCUCAGAUGGCAACACUUUACCGACUAGCUAAUCCACUGUUGACGGAUUUAGUAGAUCAGAAUUUCUUUUAUCUCUUCGACAUAAAAUCCUUCUUCACGGCAAAGGCGUUAAACAUGGCCAUUCCAGGUGGGCCGAAAUUCGAACCUCUUGUGAAAGACAGCAAUUCUGCUGAUGAAGAUUGGAAUGAAUUCAACGAUAUAAACAAAAUCAUUAUACGGCAACCAAUAAGAACGGAAUACCGAAUUGCGUUUCCUUAUUUGUACAAUAAUCUACCACAUUAUGUGCAUCUUUCUUGGUAUCACGCUCCAAAUGUCGUGUACAUAAAAACGGAGGAUCCAGACUUACCAGCUUUCUAUUUUGAUCCCUUAAUUAAUCCGAUAUCCCACAGAACUGCUCUUAAGACAGUAGAGCCUCAAACAGAAGAGGAUGAAGAUUUCCUUCUUUGUGAAGACAUUGAACCUUUCCUACAAGAAACUCCUUUAUUCACGGAUAACACUGCAAAUGGCAUUGCCUUACUUUGGGCUCCCAGACCAUUCAAUACCCGAUCAGGAAGAACACGAAGGGCAAUAGACGUGCCUCUAGUGAAGACCUGGUAUCGAGAGCACUGUCCACCGGGUCAGCCCGUGAAAGUUCGUGUCAGUUACCAGAAGCUGUUGAAAUACUUGGUGUUGAAUGCCUUGAAGCACAGACAUCCUAAACCUCAAAAGAAACGCUACCUCUUCCGAUCUUUCAAAGCGACAAAGUUUUUCCAAACAACAACCGUCGACUGGGUUGAAGCCGGUCUACAAGUUUGUCGUCAGGGAUACAACAUGUUGAAUCUACUGAUCCAUCGAAAAAAUCUCAAUUAUCUUCAUUUAGAUUACAAUUUUAAUCUAAAACCCGUGAAAACACUGACAACUAAAGAGAGGAAAAAGUCUCGUUUUGGAAAUGCUUUCCAUUUGUGUCGAGAAAUUUUACGUUUAACAAAAUUGAUCAUUGAUUCUCACGUCCAGUAUCGAUUAAAUAAUGUCGAUGCUUUCCAACUUGCUGAUGGUUUACAAUAUAUUUUUGCUCACGUCGGCCAACUUACCGGAAUGUACAGGUACAAGUACAAACUCAUGAGGCAAAUUCGAAUGUGUAAAGAUUUGAAGCACUUAAUCUACUAUCGAUUUAACACUGGUCCUGUUGGGAAAGGCCCUGGCUGUGGUUUCUGGGCCCCUGGAUGGAGAGUGUGGUUGUUCUUUAUGAGAGGCAUUACACCCUUGUUGGAACGCUGGCUUGGCAACCUUUUGUCCAGACAGUUCGAAGGACGACACUCGAAAGGAGUGGCUAAAACUGUUACUAAACAAAGAGUUGAAUCUCACUUUGAUUUGGAGCUCAGAGCGUCGGUCAUGCAUGACAUUGUUGACAUGAUGCCGGAGGGCAUUAAGCAGAACAAGGCGAGAACGAUCCUUCAGCAUCUCAGCGAAGCUUGGAGAUGUUGGAAGGCAAAUAUUCCCUGGAAAGUCCCCGGACUGCCGAUUCCAAUCGAGAGUAUGAUUUUACGCUACGUCAAAAUGAAGGCCGACUGGUGGACAAACACGGCUCAUUACAAUCGAGAGCGUAUUCGACGCGGAGCAACGGUUGACAAGACAGUUUGUAAGAAGAAUCUAGGACGUUUAACGCGAUUGUACCUGAAGGCUGAACAAGAGAGACAACACAACUACCUGAAGGACGGUCCGUACAUUUCGCCGGAGGAAGCAGUUGCGAUCUAUACAACGACAGUUCAUUGGCUCGAAUCGAGAAGAUUUGCCCCAAUUCCAUUUCCUCCUUUGUCCUACAAACACGACACGAAGCUCAUGACAUUAGGUCUGGAGAGAUUGAAAGAAGCUUACAGCGUGAAGUCUCGACUGAACCAAAGCCAACGCGAGGAGCUUGGUCUAAUCGAACAGGCUUAUGACAACCCUCAUGAAGCUCUGUCGAGAAUUAAGCGUCAUCUGCUGACUCAACGGUCCUUCAAAGAAGUGGGCAUCGAGUUCAUGGAUCUGUACAGUCACCUAAUUCCAGUGUACGACGUCGAGCCGCUUGAGAAAAUAACAGACGCCUACUUGGACCAGUACUUGUGGUAUGAAGCCGACAAACGCAGACUCUUCCCACCGUGGGUGAAACCCUCAGACGCUGAACCGCCUCCUCUCCUUGUCUACAAGUGGUGUCAAGGCAUCAACAAUCUGCAGGACGUCUGGGACGUGAACGAAGGCGAGUGUAACGUGCUACUGGAGUCCAAGUUCGAAAAGCUUUAUGAGAAGAUCGAUCUUACCUUGCUGAACAGACUGCUCAGGUUAAUUGUCGAUCACAAUAUCGCCGAUUACAUGACUGCGAAGAAUAACGUUGUCAUCAACUACAAGGACAUGAAUCACACCAACAGUUACGGAGUCAUCAGAGGCUUGCAGUUUGCUUCCUUCAUUUCCCAGUACUACGGGCUGAUACUCGACUUGCUCGUGCUGGGCUUGCAAAGGGCAAGUGAGAUGGCUGGCCCGCCGCAAAUGCCCAACGAGUUUCUCACUUUUCAAGACAUCGCCUCGGAAACUGCCCAUCCGAUCCGACUUUACUGCAGGUAUGUCGAUAGGAUUCAUCUGUUCCUCAGGUUUUCUGCUGACGAGGCGAGAGAUUUGAUCCAACGAUACCUCACCGAACAUCCGGAUCCGAACAAUGAGAACAUAGUCGGCUAUAACAACAAGAAGUGCUGGCCGCGCGAUGCUCGAAUGCGACUGAUGAAACACGACGUGAAUCUCGGACGGGCCGUGUUCUGGGACAUCAAGAAUCGGCUGCCGAGGUCCACAACGACAAUUCAGUGGGAAAACAGUUUCGUGAGUGUCUACAGCAAGGACAAUCCAAACUUGCUCUUCAACAUGAGUGGCUUCGAGUGCAGAAUUCUGCCCAAGACGAGGACGUCGCACGAGGAGAGUUUGAACAAGGACGGUGUCUGGAAUUUGCAGCACGAGAUCACCAAGGAGAGAACUGCCCAGUGCUACCUGCGAGUGGACGACGAGAGUCUUCAGAGAUUCCACAACCGAGUGAGACAGAUUCUCAUGGCUUCGGGUUCCACGACAUUCACAAAGAUUGUCAACAAGUGGAACACCGCCCUCAUUGGCUUGAUGACUUACUUCCGUGAAGCUGUUGUCAACACACAGGAACUCUUGGACCUGCUAGUGAAGUGCGAAAACAAAAUUCAAACCCGGAUAAAAAUCGGGCUGAAUUCAAAAAUGCCUUCCAGAUUUCCACCAGUUGUGUUUUAUACACCGAAAGAACUCGGGGGCUUGGGCAUGUUGUCGAUGGGACAUGUGCUUAUUCCCCAGUCGGAUUUAAGAUGGUCGAAGCAGACUGACGUUGGAAUUACUCACUUCAGAUCGGGUAUGAGCCACGACGAGGACCAGUUGAUUCCCAAUUUGUACAGAUACAUUCAGCCCUGGGAAUCGGAGUUCAUCGACUCGCAGCGCGUGUGGGCGGAGUAUGCCUUGAAGCGCCAGGAAGCCAACGCUCAGAAUCGGCGGCUGACCCUCGAGGAUCUGGAGGACAGUUGGGACAGAGGAAUUCCCAGGAUCAACACUCUGUUCCAGAAGGAUCGCCACGCGCUUGCCUAUGACAAGGGCUGGAGGAUUCGAACCGAGUUUAAGCAGUACCAAGUUCUCAAGCAAAAUCCCUUUUGGUGGACUCAUCAACGGCAUGACGGUAAACUGUGGAACUUGAAUAAUUACCGAACUGACAUGAUUCAAGCUCUCGGAGGUGUGGAGGGAAUCCUCGAGCACACGCUCUUCAAAGGCACCUACUUCCCGACUUGGGAGGGUCUCUUCUGGGAGAAAGCGUCUGGAUUCGAGGAAUCGAUGAAGUACAAGAAACUGACAAACGCGCAGAGGUCGGGUUUGAAUCAAAUUCCCAAUCGGCGAUUUACUUUGUGGUGGUCGCCGACGAUCAACAGAGCCAACGUGUACGUUGGUUUCCAGGUGCAACUGGACUUGACGGGAAUCUUCAUGCACGGCAAAAUUCCAACACUCAAGAUUUCCUUGAUUCAGAUUUUCAGAGCUCACUUGUGGCAGAAGGUUCAUGAGUCAAUUGUCAUGGAUCUGUGUCAAGUGUUCGAUCAAGAAUUGGAUGCUCUGGAAAUUGAGACUGUGCAGAAGGAGACAAUUCACCCGAGGAAGUCUUACAAGAUGAAUUCUUCCUGCGCAGAUAUUUUACUCUUCUCUGCUUACAAAUGGACGGUUUCGAGACCUUCUUUACUCGCCGACUCCAAGGACGUGAUGGACAACACGACAACGCAAAAGUACUGGAUAGACGUGCAACUGCGGUGGGGUGACUACGACUCGCACGACAUUGAACGUUAUGCGAGAGCCAAGUUCCUCGACUACACGACUGACAAUAUGUCGAUAUAUCCGUCGCCGACUGGGCUGCUGAUCGCUAUCGACCUGGCCUACAAUCUGCACAGCGCCUAUGGAAAUUGGUUCCCGGGUUGUAAAUCGCUUAUUCAACAAGCCAUGGCGAAGAUAAUGAAAGCCAAUCCGGCUUUGUACGUUUUACGAGAACGUAUCCGGAAAGCCUUGCAGCUCUACUCGUCGGAACCAACGGAGCCUUAUCUCUCGUCGCAGAACUAUGGAGAGCUUUUCUCGAACCAGAUUAUUUGGUUCGUCGACGACACAAACGUGUACCGCGUCACCAUUCACAAAACAUUCGAAGGAAACUUGACCACCAAACCCAUCAACGGUGCGAUUUUCAUUUUCAAUCCCCGAACUGGACAACUGUUCUUGAAAAUCAUUCACACUUCCGUUUGGGCGGGACAAAAACGUCUUGGUCAGCUGGCAAAGUGGAAAACUGCCGAAGAAGUUGCGGCUCUAAUUCGAUCCCUGCCAGUUGAGGAACAACCGAAGCAAAUUAUUGUCACCAGAAAAGGAAUGUUGGACCCGCUAGAAGUUCAUUUACUCGACUUCCCCAAUAUUGUUAUCAAAGGCUCGGAACUUCAACUACCAUUCCAGGCGUGUCUGAAGGUGGAGAAGUUCGGCGAUCUCAUUCUGAAAGCAACAGAACCACAAAUGGUUCUCUUCAACCUCUACGACGACUGGUUGAAAACCAUCUCAUCCUACACAGCCUUUUCGCGAUUGGUUCUUAUCCUGAGAGCCCUUCACGUCAACACCGAACGCACGAAGGUCAUUCUCAAACCCGACAAAACUACCGUCACCGAACCGCAUCACAUUUGGCCCACUCUCACCGACGACGAAUGGCUCAAGGUCGAAGUGCAGCUGAAAGACUUGAUCCUCGCCGAUUAUGGCAAGAAGAACAAUGUCAACGUUGCCUCCCUCACUCAGUCCGAAAUUCGGGACAUUAUCCUCGGCAUGGAAAUCAGUGCCCCGUCCGCUCAGAGGCAACAAAUUGCAGAAAUCGAGAAGCAGACGAAGGAACAGUCCCAGCUGACUGCCACGACCACGAGAACUGUCAAUAAACACGGAGAUGAAAUCAUAACAGCGACGACUUCCAACUAUGAGACGCAAACGUUCGCCUCCAAAACGGAGUGGCGGGUGCGAGCAAUUUCCGCUACGAACCUCCACCUCAGGACGAAUCACAUUUACGUUUCCUCUGAUGACAUCAAGGAGACGGGCUUCACUUACAUUUUACCAAAGAACGUACUCAAGAAAUUCGUCACCAUCUCGGACUUGAGGGCGCAAAUCGCAGGCUACCUCUACGGAUGCAGUCCGCCCGACAAUCCGCAGGUGAAGGAGAUCCGCUGCAUAGUCAUGCCUCCACAGUGGGGGACGCAUCAAACCGUCCACCUUCCAAGUUUCCUGCCAGCUCAUCAGUAUCUCCAGGAAAUGGAACCCUUGGGAUGGAUUCACACCCAGCCGAAUGAAUUGCCACAACUCUCCCCUCAAGAUGUGACGAGCCACGCGAAAAUAAUCAUCGACCAAAACCAGAAUCCGAGCGAAGUCACAUGGGAUGGAGAAAAGACUAUUGUGAUCACUUGCAGUUUCACUCCAGGCUCCUGCUCGCUCACGGCUUACAAACUGACACCCAGUGGAAUCGACUGGGGCAAGCAGAACACCGACAAAGGCAACAAUCCGAAGGGCUAUCUGCCCAGUCACUACGAAAAGGUCCAGAUGCUCCUCUCCGACCGCUUCCUCGGCUACUUCAUGGUUCCAAAUCAAGGAUCUUGGAAUUAUAAUUUCAUGGGUGUGCGUCACGAUCCGAACAUGAAAUACGAACUGCAGUUGGCGAAUCCUAAGGAAUUCUAUCACGAAGUACAUCGUCCUGCUCACUUCUUGAAUUUUGCCAGCCUCGAGGAGGGCGAUGGCGUUGGCGCAGACCGUGAAGACUUGUACGCAUAAAAUGUGUAAGAAUAGAUUUUUCCACCUUUUCACAUGUUUCAUUUCUCAAUAAACUGACUACAGAAAACUAUUAGAGCAUUGUAUUAUAACCAUAUGUUUCGUUACAUUAAGCAUUUUAUUAUUUAAGUAAAUCAACAAGCGUAAUAAUUAGAGAUAUAUUAUUAUUAAUACAGAUUAUCAAUAAACUUUAUAGUUUUAAACUUC